UGAUGGAAAAGUGCACGACUCUAACAGAAGCACAAAUGUCAUACAGAAACUUGGACAUCCAAGAUUCGAAAAAUGCAAAUGGUGGUUGCGUGUGUCUCUCUACAUAAUCUUUCUUCUGGCAGGCCAAUCUGCAGCUACUCUUCUGGGAAGGUUAUACUAUGACAAUGGUGGUAAUAGCAAAUGGAUGGCAACUUUUGUUCAAUCAGCAGGAUUCCCUAUACUUUUUCCACUCCUUUUUUACUUCUCAACAAGAAAGCAGGACAAAUUAACUAACGAGCUCAACAAUGAUUCCCAUAGAACAAAACCAAAAUUUUCUAUCCUUGUUUUCCUCUACCUAGCUUUUGGCUUAAUACUGACAGGGGACAACUUGAUGUACUCCUAUGGACUUCUAUAUCUCCCUCUUUCCACCUAUUCUCUGCUGUGUGCAACCCAAUUAGGCUUCAAUGCAAUAUUCUCUUUCUUCCUCAAUUCGCAGAAGUUCACAGCAUUCAUAUUCAAUUCUAUAGUCCUACUUACCAUAUCAGCUUCCCUGCUUGCAAUCAAUGCUGAUUCUGAGGAUCAAACGGGACUUUCCAGAGAAAAACAUAUAAUUGGGUUCUUCUGCACUAUUGGUGCAUCAGCUACAUUUUCUUUAUAUCUCUCUCUUGUGCAGCUUUCUUUUGAGAAGGUUAUCAAGAGAGAAACCUUCACUGUUGUGUUAGACAUGCAAAUUUACCCAUCCUUCAUUGCUACCUGUGCAUGUGUUGUGGGCUUGUUUGCAAGUGGAGAGUGGAAAAGUUUGGAUGAGGAAAGUAAGGAUUAUAAGAAGGGAAUGGUGUCAUAUGUAAUGACUCUACUUUGGACCGCCGUGACAUGGCAAAUAUCAUCUGUUGGUAUGCUGGGGUUGAUUUUUGAGGUAUCUUCAUUGUUUUCAAAUGUAAUAGGUACCUUGUCGUUGCCCAUUGUUCCCAUCCUUGCAGUGAUCUUCUUCCAUGACAAGGUGAAUGGGGUGAAGUUUAUAGCCUUGUUGUUAGCAGUGUGGGGCUUUCUAUCUUAUGUGUAUCAAAAUUAUAUAGAUCACAAAAAAGCCAAGACAGAUAAAAGUAAUGGCCUUGGGGUUUCACUGGCUGAGGUAGAAAUUUGCUGAUUGUGGAAUCGGAU